GGGACGUGGGACGGCGGAUCCUUCCGUGUGCCACCGCCGCUGCCCCAGCCUCCCGCGUCUGCCGCUCGGGGCUGCGUCGCCGGCGUUAGCCCCGCGAGGGGACGGGCGGAGCGUGCGUGCGCGGGGUCCCCGCAGCCCCAGCAGUUCCUCUCGCGCGCGGUGGGCGACGGGGGUCCGCAGCAGUCGAGGGGAGGCCCUAGGCGGCGCCAUGUCGGCGGGCGGACCGUGCCCGGCUGGAGCCGGAGCGGGGCCCGGGGGCGCCUCUUGCGCCGUGGGAGUCUCCCCCGGUGGGGUGUCCAUGUUCCGGUGGUUGGAGGUGCUGGAGAAGGAGUUCGACAAGGCUUUCGUGGAUGUGGACCUGCUCCUGGGCGAGAUCGAUCCGGACCAGGCGGACAUCACUUACGAGGGGCGACAGAAGAUGACCAGCCUGAGCUCCUGCUUCGCGCAGCUUUGCCACAAAGUCCAGACGGUGUCCCAAAUCAACCACAAGCUAGAGGCACAGUUGGUGGAUCUGAAAUCUGAACUGACAGAGACCCAAGCGGAGAAAGUUGUACUGGAGAAAGAAGUACAUGAUCAGCUUUUACAACUGCACUCUGUUCAACUUCAGCUUCAUGCUAAAACUGGUCAAAGUGUCGACUCUGGUACUAUUAAAGCAAAACUGUCUGUCCCCUCUGUGGAGGAGCUGGAGAGAGAGCUUGAAGCAAACAAAAAAGAAAAAAUGAAAGAAGCUCAACUUGAAGCUGAAGUAAAGUUGCUGAGAAAAGAGAAUGAAGCCCUUCGUAGACAUAUAGCUGUUCUCCAGGCUGAAGUUUAUGGGGCAAGACUGGCUGCCAAGUACUUAGACAAGGAACUGGCAGGAAGGGUCCAGCAAAUACAAUUAUUAGGGCGGGAUAUGAAGGGACCUGCUCAUGAUAAGCUUUGGAACCAACUGGAAGCUGAAAUACAUUUGCAUCGUCACAAAACUGUCAUCAGAGCCUGUAGAGGACGUAAUGACCUAAAACGACCAAUGCAGGCACCACCGGGCCACGAUCAAGACUCUUUAAAGAAGAGCCAAGGUGUUGGUCCAAUUAGAAAAGUUCUCCUCCUUAAGGAAGAUUAUGAAGGCCUUGGCAUUUCAAUUACAGGUGGGAAAGAACAUGGUGUUCCAAUUCUCAUUUCUGAGAUCCAGCCAGGUCAACCUGCUGAUAGAUGUGGAGGACUACACGUUGGAGAUGCUAUUUUGGCUGUUAACGGAGUUAACUUAAGGGAUACAAAGCAUAAAGAAGCUGUAACUAUUCUUUCCCAGCAAAGAGGAGAGAUUGAAUUUGAAGUAGUUUAUGUGGCUCCUGAAGUGGAUUCUGAUGAUGAAAAUGUAGAGUAUGAAGAUGAGAGUGGACAUCGUUACCGUUUAUACCUAGAUGAGUUAGAAGGAGGUAGUAAUCCUGGUGCCACUUGCAAAGACACAGGCGGGGAAGUCAAAGUGUUACAAGGAUUUAAUAAGAAGGCAGUAAGUGAUGGACAUGAAAAUGGAGACCUGGGAACUUCGAGGGAAACUCCGCUAGAAGACAGUGCUUCUAAAUUAGAUGAUCUGCACAGUCUGUAUCAGAGAAAGUCUUGUUAAACUGACUAUCCCCGGACAAGAUUGUAAAAUCAGACUAUUCUGAACUUGGGGCACUAGGGAAGAUGGCGACAAAGACUGGACAAGCUCAAGGGAGGCUGUUUGUUGCCCAAAUGAAAGGCGGGUACCUCAGGGCUUCAUGUGAACAAUUCUAAACGCUUGAAUCCCUGAUUCUGUGGUAUAUCAUAAUUGGCUAUUGCAUGUAAAGCAAUUUUGAUUUUCUUAAAAAAUUGUAAAGCACCAAAGCAUGUAUUUCCCAAAGGGAUAUUACUAGGCUCUUAAGUACCAAAUGAAGCACUACUGUUUUAUUUGGUUCCUCUUCCACUUAGUAGAAGGGAUAGUGCUAACCAGUAUUUUAUAAGAAAUAGCCUUUAAAUCCAAGAUAAUAAAUGAAUUCAUGUUAUAUAUUCCAGAAUGUCAAGUGUGGUGUUUCAAAGACAGAACUUGACUCAAUGAAUUGCAGAAAUGUAGGCUGGACUUAAUUGUUUUUUUAACUGAAAGAAUGGCUUUGGGUUUUUUUAAAUUUUAUUUUGCAUCCUGAUAUGUAAAUCAGUUCUUGAUGAUCAUUUAUUUUGAUGAGUUUGCCGUUCAGCUCUAUGCAAUGCAGUACAAAAUAGUUUUCUUUAAGCAAUCCUUAUCAAUCAGUGCUGCACCAAAAUCGUUUCUGUAGUUACUGUAUAUUGUACUUUUCUGAUUUUUCAAAAGAGAUGCAGAUAAGUGUAAAUUCUUUGUUCCCAAUUAUGUUGAUCUCUGUGCAUGGUAUUGGAGCAUUACGUUAUUACUGUGUAGUCUAAUAUGCUUUUUUCCCCUGGGAUCUACAAAAGACAGUUUUGUACAUUUUGAGUUGUGUCUUGCUGUGAUAGUCCUGGCACUUACAAAUACAUUUUUCUGGCAGUCAAA